AUGUGCCGCGUGGUGAGAAAAUUGUUCGAGCAAAACAAACCCGUGAGACUGGUCCUCGAUGGUCUGGAUGAAUGUGGAGUGCCCGUGCGCGCAGAAGAGCACGACUGGAAUCAAUUCUUUGCACUGCUGGAGAGUAUGCCACCGGACUGGAAAGUCCUGAUUGUCAGCAGAUCGAACAAUUGGUUCAACAAAAUACUGCUCACCAAUUUGCGCAAGACCCUCGGACACGUCGAACUCACGACCCUGGAGAACAGGGAGGAUAUCCAUCAAUAUGUUCUGGAAGAAGUUGAGAGGGUGUCUGAAUACCACCAAUGGGGAAAUCAGAUCAAAGAAGAAGUCAUCCUCGCCUUGCUCGAGAAAGCAAAUGGAAUGUUCGUGUGGGUGUCCCUACUCUGCAAUAUGCUCGAGGAGGACGGCGACGGGUUCGACGAAGAUCAUAUCCGAACCAUUAUUCGUGAUCUUCCUAGAGAUCUCGCGGAGCUGUAUGGACGCAGCCUUCGGAACUUGCCAGAUGGUGGAGGGCUCGGUAAGAACAUGCGAUUGGCCCUGAGAUGGACAUUGUGCGCAUAUCGCCCGAUGACCAUAAAGCAGCUCCAGGCCGCUUUGCCUUUCGGCCCGACGCUGGAAGAAGCCAUGAAGAGGAACAUCGGUACGCUGAUCAAGAUCGAUAGUACAUCCAAGGAAGUUCAGCUCUGCCAUGCAUCAGCUCGAGACUACAUCUACUCGCCUGAAGCGGCGCUGUUUGGGGACAAGGCAAUGUCCGAACCAGAGCUGGUUGCCUCCACUCAUAGUGUCCUGCUCAAUCGAUGUUUGAAAAGCCUAUGCGACACCGAUCCGCCCCCAAACCUGCCUGAGGAUCGCGCGGCUGCGGAAGAGUACCUGCGCAAGUUCCUCGACCGUUUUCCGUUGGUGGAGUACAGCUGUAUUUCCUGGAUCCAGCAUUUGAGAGAGGUCUGGAGAGUUGAUCACGAUGUGAAAGAAUCCAAGGCAGUAUUGGAUAGAUUCUUAGGUGCAGACCAGCCAGUGCUUUUGUGGCUGCAGAUAUUCCAUUUCCAAUGGAACAUGGACUAUCCAGGCACAGAAAACACCAACAAAGCCAUCUUCAGAUUAGUGUACACCGACCCAUCCACCGAUACGUGGAAGCACUUUCUUCGCGUCCACUAUGCGGACUUUGUGGACCAUCUUGGCUGGGAGGAUGGUGGCAAGUUCACUCGCUGGGACCGAUUCACCCACCGCAGGCAUCGCUACGAUUUCAGGCACCCUGCCCGCCUUUUCCAGUCCCCGACGUGCAUGUCGACAACUUCAGUUGCUGCAUUCUUCAAUUAUUCAACGGCCCUCGAAGCCAUGGCGAGACGAGGUCAGGAUCUCGAUGUCAAGGGACAGCUAGGGGGCACGCCACUCCACUGGGCCGCCUCGGGCGGAUCCUGUGCAAGUAUCAAAGUCUUGCUAGCAGCUAAGGCAAAUCUCGAAGCUGGCUACAACCCCGAGAUGAAAGAAACCCCGAUAUUUCGUGCUUUACGCGUUCCUCGGGCAGUCAAAACAAGGCCUGGCCGGUUCCCAGCGGCAAAGCUGCUCUUCGACGCAGGAGCCAAAUUGCAUCACCUUGGCAAAACGAAUGGGUUUUUAGACGGCACGGCGCUGAUCGCUUUGAUUGAAAGCAACAAGGAUUCUGAGGGUGCCGCCGAAUUCGCCAAUUUGAUCCUCCGCAAAGACAGAUGUUGGAAAUGGUACGACGUCAGAUACGGCACACCUCUCCAUGCUGCCGCUCACCACGGCCGUCCACUGAUAAUGAAUGCCCUACUAAAGGACGGUUAUCUACGCGGUCGCGUCGAUUUUCAAGGCAGCGACACGCGAUUGAAAGCCGCUCUGCACGACGCCUGUAGUCGCGACAACCCGGUCUGUGUAGAAGAGCUGCUGAAGGCAGGUGCCAACCCCAAUCUGCCUGCAUACCUCAACGGGUUCACGCCGCUGCACUACUCGGUCUUGUCGAGCCGAAAAUCCUCGUCUGUUCUGCUCCAAGGCGGCGCGGACCCGAACUUGCGAGACGGCGCUGGUUCCUGCCCUGUGCACCUCGCCACAACGGUCGAUUUACCGUUGUAUAUUCAAGCCUUCGUGGACAAGGGGUAUGACAUCGAUGCAGCGGACGGAAACGGUGACACCGCCCUCUCAAUCGCCCUGAGGAAUGCAAACUUUGAUAUUGCAAAGCAGAUGCUAGCCCGAGGAGCUGACCCUGAUAGAGUUGCCUCCGAUUUCCAAGUUUUCCUUCCUGCCGAGGAGACGGACGAGGGCCUGCUUCAAAUUCGCAAACGCAACUGGAGACCGCUACAAAGCUAUGCUUACCUUUUCGCCAUUCGUCAAGCAUUUGCAAAACACGGCCUCUCGCUACCGAUCCCGGUAUUCGGACGGGUCUUAGAUUUUCUAGGCCAUCGGGACGUUCUCGAAGCCACUCGCAAAGGAAGAUUUACUGUCAAUGAGGCGAUGGUGAGAACAAUGUCUCACCCCUACAUCACCAGCCAGCCCAUCAUUGGAAAUCAUCCAUACCCCGUACAAAUGCUCGAGUUCAAGGUCUUGGGCCAGUGCCAGGACUUUGGGGGACAGCGUCACCACUCCUACUAUGAAAUCGAUACGAUCGAGGGCCGCUCGAAGAGCCAUGUGCGUUGGAAGCCUCAUCUAUCGAGAUUCGGCCACAACUCCAGGCCUCUCGCGGAAAAGACCAACAUCUUCGAAAGGAAGACGUCUCUUGUAAGCUACACGUUUCAUUCUCUCCCGUUUAUCCAACAAGUCUCUAAUGAGAAGCUGCAUUCACACAGGAAAACGAAAGAUUCUGGCUUCUCAAGCCCGGUGACCGUGUCGCGAUCGUUCCCAUGGUGGAGUUCUCAGGGUGGGAAAACUCGACCGAGAGGGCCAGCAUCAAGAUGUGGUUGA